AUGGCCGCACACCACGACCAACGGCCCACGAUUCCGCCUUCUGUGCCCGCCGAGUCAGCCCUGACUAAGCUCUCACCAGCGCAGAAGCGGUUGGGGAGGCAGCUGCCCUAUGGGCACGGUGCCUACCAGCUGCUACACAUUAUCGGCGCGGUCAUCGCAGUCUACAACUACGGGCUGCACUACGAGAGCUUCAGGCUAACAGCUGGCGUAAUGGAUCACUGGUGCAGGCGGCCCGAUUCCAUAAGGAACCUCAGCGUGGACGAGUGGAAACAGCUGGCCAUACCCGUGGACGAGCAAGGCGAGCACAGCCACUGUACGAUGCGCGACCCGCCGGACGGUGGCGAUACGGCUCGCGUCGUGACUUGCGCAUCGUGGGAGUUCGACCUCGACCAGUACGGGAACAACAUCGUCAGCCACUGGAACCUAGUGUGCGACAGGCGCUGGCUCAUCGACGUCGCGAGGCUCGUGUACGCGGCCGCCAGCAUGGCAUCGCUGCCAGUAGUCGGAGCGCUCGCGGACAGCGUCGGUCGCAAGGCGGUACUCUUUUUAACCAUACCCGUGGUCCUCAUAUCCGGCGCCGCCAGUGCCGUGCCGAAUGACUUCCAGUUCUUCGUGGCUGUGCGCGCCGUCGUGUCAGCCUCCACGAGUGCCCUCGUGGUACCUAUGUACGCGCUGAUUUACGAAUUGGCACCGAUAGAAAAAUACCCUCUUUACAUCAUCAUUAUCGCACUAUCUGCAUUGAUGCUAUCACCGAUCACGCUCUUUGCAGCUCAACUCGUGAAGGCAGGAUGGGCGGCGCUGCAGCUGAUACUGAUGAUUCCAACAUGCCUUCUCCUGCUACUUUAUUACACCAUCGAUGAGUCACCCAGCUGGCUUUUGGAGACAGGCAACGUCAAGGAAGCCGAGCGCAUCGCUUUGCGUGCCGCACGUAUGAACAAGGUCUCCCCAGAGGACUGCCGAGAUCUCAUGGCAUAUCAGGUAGCGGAGAUUAAGGCCCGUAGUCAAGAUGAUGGACUUCGCAGCGGUAUCUGCAGCCCACAAUUUAGGAUUUGCACCAUUACCAUCUGUUAUAUGUGGACUGCGAUAAGCUACGCCUUCGACUCCUUCGUCGUAAACGACGGUGUUCCCGUCGGGGAGAUCAUGACCGCCGUGAGCUUCAUCGUGUCCUUCAUUUCGUGCGUCGUCUCAGCGCCGUUCGUUACUUCUUUCGGCUUUCGGAACACCGUGACCACCUCCGGACUUGUCUUUGCCGUAACACUGACCGCCCUUGCCACUGACCUGCGGGAGAUAACUGCGAUGCGUGGUUCGCUCGUAAUUAUGAUGCGUGCGACUGGAACCGUAUGUUUGACGUUCUUUCUCAUCAUGUCCGUCAUCCCGUACCCGGUCAUGACCCGCUGUCUUAGUGUCUCCGUGGGGCUCGCCUUCAGCCGACUGGGGGAUACAUUAUCCCAGAUGAGUCCAGUGCUUUUCGGCGGUCGCCGUACAACGUUGCAGCUUGCCAUUGCUGCCGCCAUCAUGUUACUUUUCGUGGUGGGUGCCGAGCUUGUGUCCUGUCACAUCGUCACUGGGCUGCAAUACCAAUUAGCGCCCAGCAAGAGCCCCUACCACGUGACCAGCGAGGAGAGGAAGCGCGCCAUGCAAGGGACACUGGUGCGUCUGCCAAGGGAGCCCGUCAAGCGCCGGAGCACCCCCAUCACGAAGGACAGAGCAACAUCGAGCCCAACGAGUCCCAACAAAACAUACUAG